AUAAAAAAGUUGUGUUUUAAACCCUUAUUAAAACGCCCAAUCCCGCACGCGUUGUUUGGUUACAUUGAAGUGACACGACUAUUGGGUCAUACGAGUUGACCUCUGAUUUAUGCAUAUUUCGUGACCCGGAACGAGGCCACUCCCUUGUGACGUCAUAAUAGUCCGCGAAAAAUCAAGCCGCCGCCAUAAUACACUGUUUGUUUACAUAUCGUAUCAGCUGAUCACAGUCUCCGAGUUAGCGUAAACAGGAAAUCUUGUUGUGAAAGCCAACGUAACUUUUUGAAUGAAAGUUGGUGUGUACUUUUAUUUGGUAAAAUGGUGUUUUGUGCGGCUUUCGGUUGUUCCAAUAGACUGAAGAAAGGAAGCGGAAUUUCGUUCUUCAAAUUCCCGAAGAAUCCCGUGCAGAGAUCGACAUGGGAACAUUACUGUCGAAGGUCCAGCUUCACAGCAACAAAUCAUCACACCUUAUGCAGUGUGCAUUUUUCAAUGGACAUGUUCCAGUACCACAGUUCGAAAUUCGAGAGUUUGGGAUUGAACUUUUCACGGAGGGCAAAGCUGAAAGAUGACGCAUUGCCGGACAUUCCACUGAUGGAGAAAGAAAAUACAGCUUAUACAGACAGGUUUUCGUCACCAAAGACAGCCAGAGGUGCAUACGCCAAACGCCAAAAAGCAGAUGUAUUGAAGUCAGCCAUUCAAGAAUAUGACCAGAAGUUUCUUGUUCAGGAGUUGGAUGAUCUGGAUCAAGAAUUAGAUGAAGCAGAUCACGACAUGUGUGUGUUGAACUUUAACAGAGAGGAGUCACUACCUUCAUCCCCAUCUGUUGAAACAUGUACGUCCAACGUUAACGUCAGUACUAAGAGUACAAGUGCUCAAGUCAACAUGAGGCCUUCUCAAAGAACAAGAAGGAUUCAAGUGCGGCCCCAAUUGAGACCUGAACAAGUCAGUAAAGGCACCCAGUGUUGUUUGAUAACAGAAGAUACAUCAUGGAGGACAUCGGAUGUGAUCGACAACAUUUUUGACCAAGAAGAGGUAGACAUGGAUGUCGAUGACAGUGACCAAUCAGCAAUGAGUGAUGACCAGGAUUACAAUCCAGAUCUCGACAGCGAUGAAGACGAUGAUGACGACGACGGUAAUGAUGACUAUGAAACAGAUAUGAACUAUGUGUUGUCAGGUGAUUCAGAUGUUGCUUCAGAAAAACAAUUUCUUGUGUCCGAGUCUGCAUUACACCGGGUACUUUCUGUUUGCAAGACAUGCCAUGGAAUGUGUAAAACAGUAAUAAAUUAUUCAAAAGGAACAAUGAUAAGUACAACUUCUGUGUGCCCUUUUGGACAUGUGUAUGAAUGGAAAAGCCAGUCAUGCCACAACUCAUUGCCAUGGAGUAACCUUCUGGUGUCUGCUGCUGUGUUCUUCAGUGGAUCUAGUUUUUCAAAAGUGUGUCAACUAUUCAACAUAAUGAACAUGCAAAUGUUUUGCCGAAGGACAUUUUUGAAUAUUCAGUCGGCAUACUUGGUACCAUCGACAAUACAUGUGUGGAGUGCCAAUCAGCGGGAAAUGUUUGAGCAACGUGCAGGUCAGAGUUUGGUACUUGGCGGUGAUGGCCGAUGCGACUCUCCUGGCUUCUCAGCUAAAUAUGGCUCCUAUUCCCUUAUGGACCUGAAUACCAAUGAAGUUCUGGAUGUCCAGUUAGUUCAGAGCAACGAGGUCAAAAGUUCAACGCACAUGGAACUAGAGGGACUGAAGAGAGGGCUCGAGCAACUGAACGAAGAUGACAUCCAAGUUGACACACUUGUAACAGAUCGUCAUGUCAUGGUAAAAAAGUACAUGAGGGAGGAACAGUCAAACACCAAGCACUACUUUGAUGUGUGGCACAUGGCCAAAGGUGUAACAAAGAAACUGGAAGGUUGUGCCAAAAAAAGGGAUUGUGAAGCCAUUCGACCAUGGAUAAAGUCUGCAGGAAACCACAUGUACUGGACAGCUAUGACAUCAGGUGAUAAUGCAGAAAUGAAAAAGGCAAAAUGGAAUUCUUUGGUGAACCACGUAGUUGACAAACAUGAAGGCCAUUCAAACAUUUUUCCAAGAUGUGCCCAUGGUCCCACUGAACGAGAAUGGAUGAAAGAAGGGUCAAGGCCUCACAAGAUGUUGGUGUCGGUGGUUCAGAGUCCCUACUUGUUGAGAGAUAUUGGCAAACUCUCUCCCAAUCACCAAACAUAUGGCUUGGAAGUGUUUCACAAUAUUGUGAAUCACUUUGCUUCCAAAAGCAAUCACUACUUCUAUCCAUCAAUGCUUGCAAGAUUGUACCUUGCAGCCUUACACUAUAAUGAAAAUAGUAAAAAUAGAAGAGCAGUGACAAAAGAUGGGCAGCAGAAAUGGCAAAUUUCCUAUCCCAAGGCCAAGAAAGGAAAAGAAGUGGUUGUAAAACCAUGCAAGACUCGACCAACAUAUGGCUAUGUGGCUCUCCUGCUCCAGGCUUGCAUAGACAGGCGAAUGGAUCUGCAAAACUACACCACUGCCAUUGUUGAUGGAAGGGAAAGUUUUGGACAGAUUCCUCCACCUCUUACAGACUCCUACCAGCAUGUCAACAAGAGUGAAUUAAUUGAAAGACAUAGGUCAAGGUUCAUUGCCCGAAAUGGUGUGAGUCCAGGGAUCUCUGAUGCCACAUGUUCACCUAUGGCCUGACAUACUUAAAACCAC